AUGAAUAUAACCAAAGAAGCAGACAGAGAACAAACUAGUGGUAACCAGUUUGGGGGGAAGGGCAAUAUAGGAGUGAGGGAGUGGGAGUUACAAACUAUUGGAUAUAAGCCUCAAAAAGACUUCAUUAACUAUGAAGUAGGAGAUAGCAAGAAGCUCUUUUUCCAUGUGAGAGAAGUUCAGGAUGGCACUGAGCUACAGGCAGGAGAUGAGCUGGAAUUCUCAGUGAUUCUUAAUCAGCGCACUGGCAAGUGCAGUGCUUGUAAUGUUUGGCGAGUCUGCGAGGGCCCCAAGGCUGUUGCAGCUCCACGACCUGAUAGGUUGGUCAAUCGCUUGAAGAAUAUCACCCUGGAUGACGCCAGUGCUCCUCGCCUGAUGGUUCUUCGUCAGCCAAGGGGACCAGAUAACUCAAUGGGAUUUGGUGCAGAAAGAAAGAUCCGUCAAGCUGGUGUCAUUGACUAACCACAUCCACAAAGCACACCAUUAAUCCACUAUGAUCAAGUUGGGGGGAUUCUGGUGAAGGGUUCUGAAUAUCUCCUUCUUCAUCCCUCCCAAAAUCUGGAAUACUUACUCUAUUGAGCUGUUACACCAGUUUUAACACAUUCCUCGUGUUAUGUUUAAAAAAAUAAAUAAAUUUAA